UGAGCUAGUGCUCCAACACGCAAACCGUGCCGCGAUUAUUAGUUUGAAAAUUUUCUGCUUGAUCAAAUAAGAAAUAAAAAGAAAAGAAAAAAUAUAUAAGAAACAAAUAACUAAAGCAUAAAAUAAGAAUUUUCGAUAUUUCAACAUUUUGUGUGUGCUAAUGGUAUCAGUUUAUUGUGAGUUUAAAAAGAUUCCUCACAUCGAAAAUUAACAACAAAGAUAAUCAAACGAACGACCUCAAUAUCGCUACUUUUAUUUACAUUUUACGAAAUUUACAACAUUUAUACAUAAAACAAGUGCCUUUUAAAACUAAGUAUAUAAUUUUAUUAUCGAAAAACGCAAAAAACGUCAUCAUCAACAACAAGAAGAAGCAGAACAUCGUUAGACGUUAUAUUGAACAUCAACAUAAAAUCUGCCGAAGAAAGGAAGAUAAAAGGAAAAGCGACAACACCAACGAUAAGUGGGAAAAAUGUCAACACUAUCAUUACGUAUACAGUUAGAGGGUGGACGUGUCACAAAGACAAUACAAUUCCAUCCGAAUACGACAGUAUUUGAUGCCUGUAAAAUUAUCCGGGAUAAAUUUGCUGAGGCUGUGCAGGGACAACCCAGCGAAUAUGGUCUAUUUAUAUCCGAUGAACAACACCAACAGGGCGUUUGGCUGGAAGCCGGCCGCACGCUCGGCUAUUAUAUCCUCCACAAUCAGGACACGUUGGAAUAUCGACGCAAGCUGCGUACGUUACGUGUCCGUAUGUUGGAUGGUGCUGUAAAGACAAUACUCGUUGAUGAUUCUCAACCCGUGUCACAGUUAAUGGUAGUCAUUUGCACUAAAAUCGGUAUAACCAAUCAUGAGGAAUAUGGUUUGGUGCGUGAAGAUACCGAGGGGCAAAAUGAGAGUCUGCCGGAUAAUAAGUUUGGUACAUUGACGUUGCGUCGGAAAUUCACCGAAAAAGAUCGUGACGCGAAAAUGGAAAGUUUGCGCAGGAAGUUGAAGACCGAUGAUGAGAUCAAUUGGGUGGAUGUUGGCAAGACUCUACGCGAGCAGGGCAUCGAUGAGUCGGAAACAGUUUUGUUGCGUCGUCGCUUCUUCUUCUCUGAUCAAAAUAUUGACUCACGUGAUCCGGUACAAUUGAAUUUGUUGUACGUGCAAGCGCGUGAUGCCAUACUUGAUGGCACACAUCCUGUAACGCAGGAGAAAGCUUGUGAAUUCGCUGGCAUACAAGUGCACAUACAAUUCGGCCCACACAAUGAAGCGAAGCAUAAGCCAGGAUUUUUAGAUUUAAAGGAUUUCCUACCGCAAUCCUAUGUACGUGUCAAAGGCAUCGAAAAGAAAAUAUUUGCCGAACACAAGAAACACGUUGCACUUACCGAAAUCGAUGCUAAAGUAUUGUACACGAAAACGGCACGUGAAUUGCCUACUUAUGGCGUUACAUUCUUCUUGGUUAAGGAAAAAAUGAAUGGGCGCAAUAAGUUAGUGCCACGUCUUUUGGGCGUAACAAAAGAUUCUGUGCUGCGUUUAGAUGAACGUACUAAGGAAAUUUUAGUUUCUUGGCCCCUGACAACUGUGCGUCGUUGGGGCGCUUCACCGAAUACAUUCACUUUGGAUUUCGGUGAUUAUGCCAAUCAAUAUUAUUCAGUGCAAACAACAGAAGCUGAGCAAAUUGUCCAAUUAAUAGCUGGUUAUAUUGAUAUUAUUUUGAAGAAGAAACAAACCAAAGAUCACUUUGGUAUCGAGGGUGAUGAGGGCUCCACCAUGGUGGAGGAGUCUGUAGCGCCUUCAAAGGCAACAUUUUUGCAACAUGAAACAAAUAAAAUUGGUAAAAUCAAUACCGAAUCGUUGGCACACCCUGAAAUCUUACGUGCCUCAGAUGGUGAAAGAAGAUACACGCAAGGCGAAGUGCAAACGGUGCAAUAUGGCGCCUUCGUUGGGCAAGUUAACCACGCCCAUCAACCGCCUACGACAAAGGAGGUGCGCAUAAGUUCUGUAAAUCUUACCGAGCCGCAACGCGCUCUACUUGGCUACAUCUCAGCGGGUCAGGAUGUGCUUUUGCGUGCUGAUGAGGAGCUUAGAACGAAAGCCCCCAUUCAGGAGUUGGGUAACGAUUUGCGUUCCAUUGAGUGGCGUGAGAACACUUUGGAUACCUCUAAGCAGGCUGUUACCAGUCAUGUGGCUACAAUGAAUGCGGCUACAGCGCAAAUUAUUACCGCAUCACAGCUGGAUGAGGUUGAUACGGAGGCUAUCUCUGCAUCGGUCUCACAAAUCACCCAAACAAUACCGGAAGUUACCAAGGAAGUGCGUUUGAUCGCUGCACUUAUGGAGGAUAGCAACAAUGGUGAUCGUUUGCUGGAUGCUGCACGCAACUUAUGCAAUGCUUUCAGCGAUUUGUUGAAAGCCGCCGAACCGGAGAGCAAAGAACCAUCGCAGAACCUUAUCAAUGCCGCCAGUCGUGUGGGUGAGGCAACAACGCAUGUGCUCAGCACCAUUGCAGAGGAGGAGGUGCCUGAAAAUCGUGAUUUACAUGAUAUGCUUCUGACACUUGCAAAGGCUGUGGCUAAUACCACUGCUGCGUUGAUGUUGCGCGCUAAAUCUAUCGCAGCCAGUUGUGAGGAUGAAGAGUCUCGCAAUCGUGUCAUCGGCGCUGCCAGCCAAUGUGCUCUGGCCACAAGUCAGUUGGUAGCCUGCGCUAAGGUCGUUGCGCCUACACUGCAUAAUGCCGCCUGCCGUGAGCAAUUGGAGGCAGCGGCGCGUAAUGUAGCGCGCGCUGUAAAUAAUCUGUGUGAGGUUUGCAAUGAUGCCACAAACGAUCCGAAAUUGAAAAAUGAUUUACUUGCUGCUGCACGUGAUGUAUCGAAGAGCUUGAGCGAUAUGUUGGAUCAUGUCAAGUUGAGCUCGCGCGAAUAUGCUAGUCGCACGAGUCAGGAGAUGAGUCCGGUGGAGAAUGUUAUUAUCGGCACGGAUAUAUUGGUUUCUUCCAAUGAUCCACAGGAAAUGGUGCGUCAUGCCAAGACUUUGGGUCAGGCCACAGCGCAAUUGAUACAGAGCAUUAAGGGUGAAGCUGAUCAGCAAAAGGACGAGGAUAUGCAGCGUCGUUUACUUUCGGCGGCCAAACAAUUGGCCGAUGCUACAGCAAAACUGGUUGAGGCGGCACGCCUCUGUUCGGGCAAUCCACAGAAUACUGAAAAUCAGAACGCUUUGCGACGUGCCGCGGAAGAACUGCGCGAAAUAACUACCACAACUGCCAAUACUCCAGCCAUGAAGCGUAAUUUAAUAAAUCGUUUGGAGUACUGCUCCAAACAAGCUGCUUCGGCUGCUACGCAAUGCAUAUCCGCAGCGCAGAAUGCUGUCCAACACAGCGAUGACCAUCAAAUUAAAGAACAGUUGUUGCAAGACUGCAAACGUGCUGCCGACACUAUACCACGUCUCGUUACCUCGGUAAAGACUACUCGUUCCAGUCCAGAUGAUCCUAACGCACAACUCAAUCUUAUUGAAGCGGCUGAACAAUUUAUCGAGCCAGCUAUACAAGUGUCGCGUUCCGCACGUGCUUUGCAGCCUACAGUGACCGAUAUACCAUCAGCCACCCAGCUAUCGAAGAGCGCUUUGUAUCUCGGACAAACUGUUUCUGAGUUGAAUUCUGCAGCUCAACGUGCACGCGAGGCUUGCGGCGGUCAAGAGUUGGAGUCAGCCUUGGAGGCGGUUCGCAAUCUGCACAACGUCUUGGAUGAUACACGUAAGGCCGCGCAAUCGGGCAACAUUCGUCCACUACCCGGCGAGACUAUCGAAAAUACGGCACAACAGUUGCGUACAUCAGCCAAAAAUGUGGGCCUUGCUCUUAGGCAACUACUAUCGUCUGUCAUACAAGAGCAACGUCGCUAUGCCGGUGUAGCUGGUCGCGAUACUGCUUUAGCACUGGGUGACUUCACGAAGAGUGUGCAUGGGGUUGCGGCUACAACGAAGAAUCCUGCUGUUAUUGAUUGUGCCGACGAUGUGGUAUUACAUUCGGCACGCCUAAUCGAAGAAGCCCAGCGUACACUACAGAAUGUUGGCAAUACUGAUGCGCUAACGCAAGCAGGUCGCGAUGUUACUGCGGCGCUUUCGAAAACUGUCGACUGCAUACCCGGUCAACGUGAGGUGGACAAUGCCUUGCGUAAUGUCAGCGAAUUGAGUGAGAUACUCUCGAUGAGCGAAUUUCCACCAUCGGAACGUAACUACAACACUUUGCAGUCGGAGUUGAAGCAAGUUGCGGAGGGUCUCAGCGCAGCAAGCGGACAAAUUGUGCAGGCGUACGACAGUCCGGCACAAUUAGCCGAUACUAGCCAAAACUUCGCAACUAACUAUCGUGACUUGCUGGCUGUCUCCAUGGAAAUGGUCGGUCAAACGCCCGAUGAGGUUGUACGCUCCGAAAUGAUUGAUCGUCUACGUAAUGUCUCCACUCAAUCAUGUUCCCUACUCUCCACCGCCAAGUCAAUUGCUGCUGAUCCGGGCCAACCGAACGCCAAAAAUCUCUUGCAUGCUGCAGCACGCAGUGUAAUCGAAAGCAUAAAUAAACUCGUCGAUGCCAGCAUACAAUCCGCGCCGGGACAAAAGGAGUGCGAUAAUGCUAUCCGUAACAUUGAAGGGCUACGUGUCAUGCUCGACUAUCCUCAUGAGCCGAUCAACGACCAAGGAUAUUUCGAAUGCGUUGAGAAUGCAACGGGCAAGUCACGCAACCUGGGAUACGCUAUUUCAGAGAUGAUUAACAAUGCCAAACAAUCGAAUCACGUUGGCUUUGGUCAAUCGGUGAAUACUGUUGGUGAGUCGAUACACAGUUUGAUCGAGUCAUCUGCGCAGGCUGCGUAUUUAAUUGGCGUUUCGCACCCAAGUAGUGUGGCUGGACGUCCGGGUAUUAUUGAUCAGGCACAACUUAGCUGGGCGUAUCAAGGUAUCCGCCAACAUUGCGAGAUUGUUAGCAGUGCCAAGGCCACAAAACAGCAAAAGAUAUCAGCGCUAACGGUAAUCGCCAAACAUACCAGUUAUUUAUGCUCCAUAUGCCGACAGGCCAGCAUGAAUACCAACAAUCCAGUGGCCAAAAACGAAUUUAUUGUAUUGGCCAAACAAGUUGCUACAGCCACUUCGAAUCUGGUACAGGAAAUUAAGAGUAUUGAGGAUGAACCAUCGUCACCGACACGUGCACGUCUCGUAGAGCCUCUCCUGGAGUCUGUAAAAGCAGUGCGUCAAUAUGCUUCUAGUCCGGAAUUUGUCUCGGUGCCAGCAAAGAUCUCCGCAGAGGGCCGCAAGGCUCAAGAGCCAGUUAUCAAUGCUGGACGCGGUGUUAUAGAUGGCGUAAUCGAAAUGGUAAAGGCCGCCAAAUCGCUGGCACUCUCACCUGAUGAUCCGCCAGUAUGGCAGCAAUUGUCUAAUGCUUCGGCACCUGUUUCCGAGUCUGUGAAACGCUUGGUCGACAAUAUAAGAGAAAAGGCGCCUGGUCAGGCACAAUGCGAACAAGUGUUGCAUACACUGAACACAUGCACCCGUGAAUUGGAUAGCUGUGCUAUGGCCGUAAACGCACAGGGUCUGAGCCAACGCCGCGAUAACAAUCUACACGGUUUCAGUGGUCAGACUUUGAAUUCGGCAGCCGAACUCAUUGACAAGCUCGAACCCAUACGCAUGGCGGGCAAGAAUAAUGCCGAGCAAUUGGGACACGCCGUGGGCGAAAUCUCACGUUACAUUGUACCAAUGGUGAAUGGCGCCAUAGGCGCCUGCACACACAUCGUGCACACCAACCAACAGAUGAGCCUCAUCAAUCAAACAAAGUCUGUGGUGGAGAGCGGUGUGACACUAGUGCAGGCUGCCAAAGACUCCGCCGGUAAUCCACGUUCGACGCAUGCGCAUGCCCAUUUGGACGAAUCCAUCGAUUACACGCGCCAAGCUAUACAAGAACUCACCGAAACAGUUGAGAAGAUCAACGCUGAUAUGGGUGUCGUGACCGGACUGAUGGAACAAGUGAAUCGUGCCAUUACACGUUUGACUGACAAACGCCAAUCUCUGCUGAAUGCCUCCUACUCCGACUCAUUUGUUGACUAUCAAACACGCAUGGUACAGUCGGCAAAGGAAAUUGCACGUCUCGCUAAUGAGAUGAACGCUAAAGCAACAAUCGAACCUCAGCUGUUGCCACAACUUGCCCUCGAAAUGACUCAACAAUACACCCAACUGACACAGGACUCAGUUGGCGCCUCAACCACAACCUCGACGCCGGACGUAGCUAUGCGUAUACGUUCGAGUGUUGUAGAUUUAGGUCGCUCUGUGAGCUCAAUGAUACAAUCGGGCGCUACCGGUGCACGUCCCAACGAUGCUUCCAGUCAGACUGAGAUCGCCCGCAAUGCACGUGACGUAUCCGAGAAGGUUGCACAAGUUUUGGCCGCCUUACAAGCCGGUUCGCGCGGCACACAAGCAUGCAUCAACGCUGCGCACACGGUCUCUGGCAUUAUUGGCGAUCUUGAUACGACCAUUAUGUUUGCCACUGCGGGCACAUUGCAUUCGGAUGGCGAUGGCACCUUCGCCGAUCAUCGUGAACAUAUACUGCAAACUGCCAAAGCUUUGGUGGAAGACACAAAGGUGUUGGUCACAGGCGCUGCAGGCACACAAGAAGAGCUGGCAAAUGCAGCACAAAAUGCUGUAUCUACCAUAUUACAACUCUCCGAAGCUGUUAAACGUGGCGCUUGCAGUCUCGGUUCCACACAACCGGACUCGCAAGUUAUGGUUAUUAAUGCCGUUAAAGAUGUUGCUUCCGCUUUGGGUGACUUGAUUAAUGCCACUAAGUUGGCCUCAGGCAAGCCAAUACAUGAUCCAUCUAUGCAAGAUUUGAAAGAGAGCGCUAGGGUAAUGGUGCUAAAUGUCUCCUCUUUGCUAAAAACCGUUAAAGCUGUUGAAGAUGAACAUACACGUGGCACACGCGCCAUGGAAUCCACUGUCGAGGCGAUUUCACAAGAAAUACGUGCUAUCCACUCCCCACCACCACCCGGUAGCGCUCAUUGCGGUCCUGAAGACUUGAUACGCGUCACUAAGAAUGUCACACUGGCCACCGCCAAAGCUGUGGCCGCCGGUGCUUCCAAUCUACAAACCGAUAUUGUUGCCGCUGCCAAUUUGGGACGUCGUGCUAUAUCCGAAAUGCUACUGAUAUGCCGUUCGGUAGCAUGGAAUUGUGCUGAAACUGAAGAUCUGCGACAGCGUACACUUGAAGCUGGUGCUGCGGUGGGCGAAUCAUAUCGUGAACUCUUAUAUGGCAUAUUACACAAUUGCUCAGCCGAUGAUCGUGUACAUUUAUCGCGUCGUGUUGCGAAGAGUGUAACCGAUUUGGUUGCCAUGGCACGUUUACUGAAGGGUUCCGAUUGGAUUGAUCCAGAAGAUCCGACUGUGAUUGCUGAAAAUGAAUUGUUGGGUGCUGCGGCGUCUAUUGAUGCGGCUGCCAAGAAGUUGGCGUCACUACGUCCACGUCGUCAACCCGAUGUGAAGAUUGAAUUGGAUGAGAAUAUGAAAUUCGAUGAAAUGAUACUGGAAGCCGCUAAAGGCAUUAUGGCUGCCUCUUCAGCGUUAGUGCGCGCUGCCAACGCUGCCCAACGUGAAUUGAUCGAUCAAGGUAAAGUCGCACGGCGGCCACUCACCUCUUCCGACGAUGGCCAAUGGUCAGAGGGUCUAAUAUCGGCGGCACGUCUGGUCGCGGCGGCUACACACAGCCUCGUAGAGGCAGCACAAAAUUUGGUGCGUGGCGUAGGCACUGAAGAAAUGCUGAUAUCGACAGCCAAGCAGGUGGCGGCUUCAACGGCACAAUUGCUCAUCGCAUGUAAAGUGAAAUCAAAUCCAAACUCAGAAGCCGGUCGACGCCUACAAGCGGCUGGUAAUCAAGUUAUUAAGUCUACUGAGAAUUUGGUGCGUGCCGCACAACAGGGUCUCGAGGAUGAAGAGGAGAAAACGUUGAAAAUUAAUACUUCAAUGGUUGAUGGUAUGGCACAGGAGAUUAAUGCACGUUCGGAUGUGCUGCGCAUGGAGAAACAAUUGGAGGAGGCGCGCCAGAAGCUCAUCACCAUUAGGCAUGCGCGUGCGUUGCAGAAGAAGACACAAGGUUUUGCCACGGAUGAGAGUGAUACCGAGUAUGCGCAUUCCACCUAUGGCACACUGCAGAAAAGUCAAAAUAAUACACUAAAUCGUCCGUCUGGCUACCCUUCGGAUGCGCCCCAUUCACCGAGCUAUUACAGCCAGCAACAACAGUCGAAGCAUCACUACAACUAUGCGACUCAUCCGCAGCACUUCCAUCAUCCUGCCGCCGUUUCACCACCACCGCCACCGCUAAGCCAUCAAUAUGCCAGUGGCGGUGAUGUGAACGGCAGCAUUGAGUUGCCACCGCCACCACCACCACUCUCGACCACACUCUACAAUAUGCAAGCGGCCACCGGGUCGGGCGGCAUCAUCAACAGCAGCAACAGUGGUGGUAGUACCUUCAGACCUAAUCCCAAACUAACAGCCAACGCAGUGCCACGUCCCUAUCCUGGCAGCCCAACAGCAGCUGGCGGUAGCAGUAUAUUAGGUACUAACAGUAAUUUUCCUAAUGGUGUUGGUAUUCAUUUACUUACUACUACCUCUACUACUAUUACUACUACUACACCUAUAGCAAAUGCCAACAAUAGUAAUUAUCAUCAGCAACAAUCUUUUGAAACCUCUGCAACCACAACCAUGGCGGGUCCACAAUCCACACAGAAAUCAGCGUCAUCGGGUGUUAAUCGUAAACUGGAAGCUUGUGUUCAAGAUUUGCAUGACAAGACGUUCGGCCAAGGCGGUGUUGUACAGAUAACCGGUGCAGGUGCUUACCCAGGUCAAAAUUAUGAGGGUUAUACGUCGAGAUAUGAAACACGCAACUAUGAAAAGAGUAAUGAAACCGUUGAAAAACCUUUGGACUCCAGUUUCUCACAAUUAACCCUCAGCACCGAUGGCGGUAAAGUGAGCAUCAUUGAUCAGGGCUCCGAACGCUUGACAUCGAUGACACAGCGCGUAAUGGAACGGAAAACAUUUAGCACCACCACCGAGACGCGUUCGGAGAAGAAAACAGAAUCGCAUAGUUUUCGCAUGGAGUAGAUAUAAGUUUUAGAAUCGAAUAAUAGUAAAAAAAAUAUAUAUAUAUAUGGAUAAACAUAUGUAUAUAUUGCAUAUGUGUAACCAUAAUAAAUGUAUGUAAUUUGCAAAUGUAACUGUAAAUGAUGGCAAGCAUCUGGUUGGUGCUCAUAAAUGCCCUCGCAUGCACCACUAACAAGUUUGCCACCAAAAAAAAAAAAAAGAACGCCAUUUUGCCAAAAUGUAAAUGCAUGCAAGUGUUUUUGUAGGCGCUUAAGAAAUUUGCCAAAAGUGCUUUUAACUGUACUAAUUUAUAUGAAAAUAAUAAUAAUAAUAAUCUAUAAACAACAACAACAACAAAAAACAUAAUAAUAACGCAUUGAUGUUUAGGUUUUAGUGUGUAAUAAUAAUAGUGUUUUGAUAUAUUUAACAAAUACAAAAAAAAAAAAAA